AUGGUACCCCACACACCCCACCGAGCGGGAAUAGACCACAAUAGCAAUAGCAAAACCAACACAAACACCAUUCCAGCACCUCCUUACCACCCCCCCGAACACGGCUGGUCCUCCCCAAACCUGCACACACCUCUCCCCACCUCUCCCACUCACCUCCUCUCCACCAUCCGCGCCCAUUUUCAACAACGCGAUGUAUCAUCAUCCCCCUCAUCCUCCUCACCCUCCUCAAUCUUCGUACCCGGCAUAUGGACCACCCAUCAAUUUUCCGGCAUAAGUCUAUUUGACAACGAAGAGGAUGCACUCGAUGAAGCGCAAAGGUUUGGCGGGGAAAGAGAGGGAGUUCGCGUAUUUGGUGUUGAGGGGGAUUUGUUGAGACGGCGGGGGUGUGUUGUGUUUUGUAUGGAGGAGGUGCUUGGGAGGGAUGGAGAUAGGGAUGGAGAUGGGGAUGGUGGGUUGGGGAGGAUUACUAAGGGGAGGUAUGGGCAGAGGAGGGAGGAGAAGGGGAAGAUGGGAAGGAUGGGAAGGAUGGGAAGGAUGGGAAGGAAGGGAAGGGGAUUGAGGGGAAAGGCGUAUUUGGUUGUGGGGGUUAUUCCUGGAACACAUAAUCAUCCACGAGCAUCUUCUGCCACAACAAACAUAGAUGACACAUCUUUAAAAAAUGAUGAGAGUAACACAUUAGCGGAAAUAUCAGGAAAGUCCUCGUCACCUAUCGCCUCAACUCACUUUCAAGAAGAUAAUUCCAGUAACUUCGAGCUCGAAACUUUCGAAUUCGCACAAUCUGAUACAUCUAUUGAGACACAAAGUAGCACCAUCAAGAAAACAACUUCGAUUUCGAGUGAAAGAACGCUGUUGGGUUGGGAUUUGAAUGAGAAGAAAGAUCUAAGCUGGCACGAGACAAAAAGAAAUAUUGGAAAGCUUCAAAAAGAGCUCAGUUACGGUGCUGAAAGGGUAGGGGUAGCCAUUUCCAAGGAUAUAAUAGUAGAUACACAUAUCCAACACUCAAGUCCAUCACAACCUCCAUCACCACCAAAAAUGCAUCGGAGUCAGAAUCCAAGUCACUCGGUUCGGAAAAUAAGAUCCAGCGCCAGGAUUACGAGGAAAGGUACUUUUGGCACGAGCUCGUCGCGUAAAGAUACAUCCAACGAUUCAGAACUCUCUCUACAACCUCAGUCGUCAGAUAAUCCCACUAUGGGUUCCAAAAGAUCGGAUAUGGACAGCAGUCAGAAUGUCGGUAAAAGUACCUCAGCAUCGCGUGACGGGUAUAGUUCUGAGGAUAGCCUGAGCGCUGGCUCUGAUAUUCCAGCCACGGUCACGCCAAAGCGAGUUCUACCUACUUCUAGUGUCGACGCUGAAUACUUGAGCGUGAAAUCUUCAAGCAUACACCCAGCCAAGUUUCAGAAGUCUUUGAGUUCCCACCGACGAGGGAGGGGGAGUGCGGGGUUAUCGUCUCAUCCUGUUGUGUGUUCUUUCGUCGCUCCAGGAGAUAACAAUGUGGAUGGGGGUUUCCAGGGAGGCUCGAAGAUCUCGGAUCAUCAGGUUGAAGCAGGAACUAGGAGAACGUUCGAUAUUCCUACGUCAGAAUUCUUGAAAACGAGACGACCUAUUCCGAAGAAGAACAAAGAAGUACUUGACAUGGUUCCAGAGGAAUGGCCGCUCAAGAACAAAGAACCAUUGACUGGAACAGGAAUCAGCACAAAUCGUAUUCAAAGAGCUGUUGCGGACAAAGGAACACGAGCUGUUGAUACCACAUAUCCCAUGGAAACGACGUCGCAUUUGAAUAGCACCAAACCAUAUCGUCCUACCUUCGACAAAUUCUCCACGAUGGGCCGCCGACCAAUUCAACCUAAAUCCAACCUCGAGCCCAAGCCUGUACCCGAACUGGAAAAGGGAGAGAAAGUUUGGCCAUACAAAGCAGUCACCGCCCUUGAACGUCGCGAAGAUAAUGGCGAAUCCAAUUACUAUUAUCUCAUCGAAUGGGAUGGAGGCUGGGCACCCACCUGGCAGCAGAAAAGCAACACAGACGAACAGCUGAAGAAAGAAUGGAAGAAAAAAAAUGACAUAUGGAAGGAGCAAUUGAGAACCAAGGCUGGAAGAAAAUUGGCGAAGGAAAAAAAGAUUGAGAGGAUACUGUUUGACGAGGCGUCUACGUAUUUGGUGCAGUAUACGAGUAACUUGAGGCCAGGGUGGGUGAAGAAGUCGGAGGUGGAUGACAAGCUGGUGAAGAAGUACUUGAAGGAGAAAAAGGAGUGGAAAUAUGAGGGUGAUGGUUUGGGAGAGGUGGCAUCGGGAUACAGUGAGGAAGAAGAAGAAGAGGAAGAGGGAGAGGAAGACGACGAAGAUGAGGAUUUGGAGUUGGAUGACGGACCCAUAAUGACGGAGGCCGAGACACUACAGUACGAGGCAGAUUUGGCCGGAUCCUUUCGAAGUUAA